GGGACCAUGGCCAAGAGAGUUGCUGUGAUCGGUGCCGGUGUGAGUGGGCUGGCCUCCAUCAAAGGCUGCCUGGAUGAAGGCCUGGAGCCCACGUGCUUUGAGCAGAGCAGCGACCUGGGAGGGCUGUGGAGAUUCACAGAAAAUGAAGAGAAAGGCAGGGCAAGCAUCUACAAGUCGGUUGUCAUGAAUAGCUCCAAAGAGAUGUCCUGUUUCAGUGACUUUCCGAUGCCCGAUCACUUUCCUAACUAUUUGCACAACUCCAAGUUCCUGGAAUAUCUGCAACUUUAUGCCAAGCGCUUUGAUCUGCUCAAAUACAUCAGGUUCAAAACUCCUGUUAUCCAUGUAGAAAAGAGCAAAGAUUACUCAACCACUGGCCAAUGGCGAGUUGUCACUCAGAGUGAGGAGAGCCAGGAAUCGUUCAUCUUUGAUGCCGUUAUGAUCUGCAUAGGCCACCAGAUAGAAGCCUACAUCCCACCGCUGAAGUGUUUUCCUGGUUUUGAAAAGUUCAAGGGUAGCUAUCUCCAUAGCCAAAGCUAUAAGAAACCAGACAUAUUCCGUGGGAAAACAGUGGUGAUCAUUGGAAUGGGGAAUUCAGCCGCAGAUAUUGCCGUGGAGGUCUGUCGGGAGGCAAAAAAGGUGGUUGUGAGCACAAGUGGGGGCUCCUGGGUAAUGAGCCGCGUGUUCGACAGCGGCUAUCCCUGGGACAUCGUCCUUCAUACUCGCUUCAAAAACCUGCUUGUCAAUCUCCUCCCUUUGGGCAUCCUGCGAUGGAUGCUAGCACAGAAGAUGAAUGGAUGGUUUAACCAUGAAAACUAUGGUCUGGUGCCUCAGAACAGGCUCCUAUUGAAAGAGCCGGUGUUUAAUGAUCAACUGCCAAGCCGCAUCCUCUGCGGUGACAUAAUGGUGAAACCGCUGGUCAAGGAAUUCACCGAAACCUCCGCCAUUUUUGAUGAUGGCACCGUUGAAGAGAAUGUGGACGUUGUCAUCUUUGCAACUGGCUACACCACGAUAUUCCCCUUCCUGGACGAGUCUGUGAUCAAGGUGGAAGACAAUCGUGUGGCCUUAUAUAAACACGUCUUCCCUCCUCACCUGGAGAAGCCCACCUUGGCUGUCAUUGGCCUCAUCCAGCCCCUUGGGCCCAUCAUGCCCACCUCAGAGCUACAAGCACGGUGGGCGACACGAGUUUUCAAAGGGCAGAGUGUGCUGCCUUCCGAGAACACCAUGGUGGCCGACACUAUCAAAAGGAAUGAAAAGAGGGUCCAAUGGUUCGGCACCAGCCGCAGCCAGUCCAUACAAUCAGAGUACAUCAACUACCUGGAUGAGCUUGCCAUCGGCGCUGGAGUGAAGCCAAACCUGUUCGCGCUGCUGCUGAAGGAUCCCAAGCUGGCCCUGACCGUCUUCUUUGGGCCCUGCACCCCGUUCCAGUUCCGCUUGGUGGGACCGGGGAAGUGGGCUGCAGCCAGGAAGGUCAUCCUCACCCAGGAAGAACGCAUGCUCAAGCCCACGAAAACACGAGUUGUGGCCAACUCUACAAAUUACACUCCGGUGCUUCUGCUUAAAAUCCUCGGUCUCCUUGCUCUCUUGGCAGCAGUUUUUCUUUCCUUUGUCCAGCACUGA